AUGGAACUUUUACAAGGUCGGACAACGUUCACCGAAUUCGUUCGGGCUGGACUCAUACCGCUUGCUCUGAUUAUUACCGGCUAUUGGGUAUAUCAGAUAAUAUACAACCUCUACUUCCAUCCUCUGUCUAAGAUCCCAGGUCCCUGGGUCGCCGCUAUUAGCGAUAUACCGUACUGCUCAUGGAUGCUCGGAGGUCGUCAACCUUACAAACUACUUGAACUACAUAAUAGAUAUGGUCACGUUGUUCGCGUUGCACCAAACGAGGUCUCCUUCAAUACCGCCCAAUCAUGGAAGGACAUCUACGGCCAGAAGCCUGGUCGGCAAAUCUUCAUAAAGGGGACUUUCUACGACGGCGGCAACUUCGCCGGGAAUGGAAUCAGCUCGAUUAUAAGUGAGAGAAGACCCGAAGUUCACAAGGAGAUGCGAAAUACUCUAGCCGGCGCAUUUUCCGACCGCGCCAUCGUGGAGCAAGAGUCGCUUAUUGCUACCUCUGUUGACAAGCUCGUACGACUGGUUGGAAUUAAAGGUUCCAUGGAAAAGGGGGUUGACGUUUCGACGUUGUUCGAAUCGAUGACUUUUGAUAUCACCGGCGAUCUCGCUUUCGGGGAGACCUUCGGUGCGCUGGAUAACGAUGAGCGACAUCCCUGGAUAUCUAUAACUCUGGACGGCCUUAGGCAAGGCGUGUUCGUAGAUAUUUUCAACCGCUACCCUACCAUCGGGGCAAUUCUUCGCGUGCUCUUCCGCUCCAAGCUUAAGAAAGCUGUAGAAGGCGUGAAAACCAACGAGCGACUAUGCUACGACCUUGUCAAAAGGCGAAUCACAAGAAAAACAGACCGCAAAGACUUCUUAACUCGGAUCCUCGAGAACAGAGAUCCUGGGAGAGUCUCAGACCGGCAAAUCGCCGCGCACGCCUCGGACUUCGUCGUCGCUGGAAGCGACACCACCGCAUCGAGUCUGGCUGCCAUCGUCUACUACCUUCUGCAAAACACGUAUAGCAUGGCCAAGCUGACAGACGAGAUCCGGAGCACAUUUGCUAAGUACUCGGAUAUAUCUCAUAUUUCCACCGCGUCUAUGCCGUACCUUCGCGCGGUCAUCCUGGAGGGGUUGCGUAUGUAUCCGCCAACACCGAUGGGGCUGCCUCGUCUCGUUCCGGAUAACGGAGACGUAGUUGAUGGUUGCCCUCUUCCUGGAGGGACCACUGUGUAUACGAGUCCCCUUUCAUCCUGUAUGACCCCAGCAAACUUCGAAGACCCGUGGUCGUUUAAGCCAGAGCGCUGGUUAGAGCCCAACGGGAGCGACAGCUUAGAGUGUAGCCAACCGUGGUCGGUAGGUCCAAGAGGAUGUAUUGGUAGGAAUUUGGCGUGGUUGGAGCUGCGGACUACACUUACCAAGCUCCUCUGGACGUACGAUUUACAACUCGUCGACCCAACAUUAGACUGGCACGGCGAGUCUCGGAUGCUCUCGUCCUUGUGGCAUAAGCCGGCGUUGAUGGUGCGUGCCAAGAAUAGGGGAGUGAUUAUUGAUGAAUAG